AUGCCCAAGGGCAGGGGGUCCUACUCCGGCGGGCAGCGCGCCGGCGCCUGGUUUGCUCACGUUGGAAUAUGCCAGAGUCAACCUGAGUCAACUACCAGCUCUGCACUAAAACAGGUCCAGAACUCAGGAGCAGCUCAAUAUAUCGAGGAUAGAUUGCCGCUAGCAUACAGAGCUCGAGAGCAGAGAGCAGUGAGCAACAAUUUCCCAUUUUCUUUUCAUGACAACAGACACUGUCUACAGAAUGUAGGAGAGUAUUUUGAUUUUGGUAUGGGCCGGAGGAAGGUGGAACCAGAAAGACGGCAACAGAACUCACAGAACUUCUUCCUCUGGGCUCAUGAAGCAGUUCCUAGCAGAGAGGAUGGCUUAACCAUUUAUCAGACAUCAUUUGUGAAUGAGCAAAACACUGAGAGCCCAUUUUGUAGGCGAUAUCCAAAACACCACUCAGAAAAAUGUUGCACUGACAAACCCAUUCCUGAGAAUGAAAAAAACCUGCAGCCAACCAAGUCAUCUUAAUUAUAAAAACACCUUUGUAGCACUGACUUAUCAUCAGAGCCUUUUCUCAAGAUCUGAACUACUUGUUGCUCAAAUGGAUGAUGAAAUAAACAUUUGUAUAAAGUGAAUGUGGUAGUACAGUUGAGAGUUCAUUGAAAUCAACAAUCAUAUGUUACUCUGAAGACUUACAUUGCUAUAAAAAUUUUAAUGAAGAGGAGCAUUAUAAGGAAAAACAUGUUUGUACGUACUUUUAGAAAUACCUCUAUUAGGAGAACAGAGGUAGUGAUUGUACUUGUGUUAUUUGAUACUGGUUGACCCUCAUCUUGAUAGAAAAGUUCCUUCAACUUCAGAGUGAGUGGUAUGGCUGUACCUCAAGCAGCUGACAGCAUCAGUGUUGACAGAACUGGAUCCUUGAGGGUUUACCACAACAGGGAGCCAAAACUGCAUGUUCAGAACUGAGAAAACAGUCUCUCUCAGAGCUGCUGUCUCUUGGACCAUGCGG